AUGGGACGGUUUACGUAUCCGCUCGUGCAACUUUUCGAGGCGAGAGACCUCAAGCAGGGGAAACAGGAGAGGGGAGGCCCAAGCGCGCGAGCUCGAUCGGCGCGGCAAAUCCUUGCAGCAAGGCCGAAAAGAACAUCAGUGGACUCUCCUGUCGACGACGAGCCGUUGCGCGCAGCAACAGUGAUCGUUCUCGCUCUCCCUCUUGUCUCUUCCCAUUCGCCCACCCCUCAGCAAAUCGCCUUUGCUGAGGCAUCGGAUCAUGGAGGAAGACCUCCCCCGUCUGCCAGCAUCUCGUCACACAAGUGGCCAUCGAAGUCGCUAGGCUUCUCGCGCGGGGUGUUGGGCCGUAUAUUGGAGUAGCUUUCAGGGGGCUCGAGCAAAGGUUGGGUCAACAAGGCGACGGUGUUUUUGAGGUGCGGACGGGGCCGAGGGCGGGAGCGAGCAAACAGGAGAAGGAGGUGGUGGCGACGAUCGCACUCGAAGCACAGGCUCGAGAAACCUGA